GGCUCCCAGUGUUUUCCUUUAGUAGCUGUCCUGUUUGUUUCACCUGUACGCCAUGGAGAUCCAACAGCUGAAGGACAUGGGCUUUGGUGCUGCGGAAGCUGAGGUGGCGCUCAGCCAGGCGGGCAACGUGGAACAGGCGCUGGAGCUGCUCCUCACGACGGAGACCGACUCCCCAGCGCCUCCGUCGCCCACGCGGACCGCGGCUGGAACGAGUGGAACGGUGCUGGUCGCGCCUGGAGCGGCCGAUGGCCCAGUGGAGACGGAGUGGCCGGAGCUGCCUAAGAAGAAAACGAAACCUCCUGGUUUGGAAGAUCAAGGCUACAAUGCAGAUGUGUCACGUUCCAAUGAAUUCGCACUUGAGGACAAUGUGCCGACACCACAAAUGCCUCGGCCUUUGGGGCUGCCCUGCGGCUUGCUGAAUGUCGGUAAUACCUGCUAUGUGAAUUCCUUGCUGCAGACACUCUUCCACGCGGAAACCUUCCGAAAUCAAGUGCUUCGCUUCGAGUCCGGCACAGAUCCAAGCCGUUUAGAGGGGCUUCCACCAAGCACCAACACUGAAGAAGCUGCGAAGGGGCUGGCGCAGCAGCGGCGGCAGCAACAUGCAGUGCAGCUGGUCUUGGAGCUUCGAAGGCUCUUUGCAUUUUGUCAGCACACGGAGCGAAGUUGCGUGAGCCCCCAACAGCUCAUCGCCGAGCUGGUGGAUCAGCAUGGGCACAAGCUGCCCAUUGGCGGACAGGAGGACGUCAGCGAGUUUAUGCUGAAGUUCGUAGAUCAGUUGGAGGAAGGAUUCUCAAAGAGUAAAGAUGCACAAGCCCAGGAGGCGACCGAGAAGGGUACAAAUCCACUUCAUGAGCUUCUAUUUGGCGAGCAAGUGCAGGUCUUUUCCUACAGGGAGAGUGGAGAGAGUGCAGCGGCCGAAGCGUGUGACGACAGUCCCAGCAAAGGCGAAGCGAAAGGCGAAGCAAAGGGUGAAGCUGGCGAAGCGACAUCUGAAAAAUGGGUGGUGAGCGAGGAAUGCAGUGAUUUCCUACAGAUUUUUCUGGAUGUGAAGCACAAGAACCUUUACUCUGCAUGGGCGGCAUCCAGUCAGCAAGAUGUGGACUACACGACCCCAACGGGCUCCAAGGCCGAUGGCAAGACUCGAGUCUGGAUCCGACGACUGCCAAAGCUUCUCUUCUUCCAGCUGCAGCGUGUCACCUUUGACCCUGAGACGAAGGCGCAGGUCAAGCUUGAGGAUGAGUUCGAGUUUGAUUUGACCAUCUACCCGGACCGCUUCUUGCAGCGGAAUCAAGAGAAGGUGCUCCAAGUGGAGGCUGAAGUGCAGCGGCUGGAGCAGCAAAAGCAGGAGAUCGAAGAGGCUCUGGUGCGCUUCCGCAACUAUCCGGCCGGCGGCGAGAGCGAGACCAAUCCGUUAUCACUUCCAGCCCAUCGCUUGCUCUCCAGUGCUGCACAGUUACUCGAGCGCAAUGCCGUCCCCGACGUCGGCUUCUCGUCCACUGGAUGGGAUCCGGGCGUGGCCGUCCAGCAGUCGAAAGGGAUGCCGGACGAAAGGAUGCAGGCGCUCUCGAGCGCGUGGCAGGAGGCGGUGGAGACAGUUCCCGCUGCAUUGAAGGCCUUGAGGUGUUUGGCAGAGCUCUGUGAGAGUCAGGAGGAACACCUGGUCCGAGAACAGCUUCGUGUCCAGAAAGAGCUUUCGGAGGCCUACGAGUCCCACGGUUUGCAAAAGGAAGGAUAUGAGCUCUAUGCCAUUUGGGUGCAUCAGGGAGAAGCAAGAUCCGGACAUUACUUGGCAUUUCUAAGGGACUGGCGACAAGACCGCUGGGUACGUUUCAGCGAUUCGUUCGUGUCCAUCGUCACCUGGGAAGAGGUCCAAACAGUGGCUUUGGGUGGCACAUCGAGAUCUUCUGCAUAUGUCUUGGUGUACAUGGAAGCCUCCUUGGUGAAAUUGGAAGCUGCCAGCGAGGAGGGGGAGAUCGACCUCAUAGCCUUGCCCUCCUUGGUGUCUUUGUUGAAGGAGAUCAAUGUCGACAACCAGCUGCUGGAAGACGAACGCGGAAGCUGGGAGGAACAGCUGAAAGGUCGUGAGUUGAAGCACCAUGCGCAAGCCAUCUUCCAGCACUAUGCGGGGCUUCUACAUACCUGGGAACCGCAGAAGCACCGGGGCGAUUCCGGAGGGAACCCUCACGAUGCCAGCCACCGGAAGAUCCUGAACGAUCCGGCAUUGAUUUCGCUGGAACUGUACCUCUAUCGCCAGGGUGGGGAGCAAGACGUUUGGCACUACUUGUUGAAAAGAAGUCUGGAUGCCCAACGAGAAAUCCGUGCUUGGCAGUCGGAAGACGAAGGCAGGAUUCUGUUCUUCUUGGCAGAAACCAUGCGAAGCCAAUCGUGUUAUGUGAAGAUGCUGCAGGAGAAAACACCAAGUGCCUCGCCUGAACCGAUGGGAGACGAAAAGGAUGAUGUGAAGCCGCGGAGCGAGUACGAGCUCAUCGACCUUGAUCUUCAGGAGCUGAGGGAUAGGUACAGUGACGUGCUGCGGCAAGCGUAUAUGCUUGACGAGGCAUUGGAUCUCUUAAAGAAAGAAGGUGGUCUCGCCCUGGCUCGUUCCAUCGGCUUGCUGUCCUUGCUUUGGGCUCACUACAAUUUGGACACGGAUUAUCGUUUCCGGCACAACGAGGUGCUUUUGGUUCUAAGCUCCUUGAUGUUCAACACGGUCUCCAGCAUCGAGUUGCUGAAUGCCAGCACUCAAGCAGCCUUCCGUGAGCUUUGUGAAUACUUUUACAUCGUUCUUCACUGCGUUGAAUGGCCCAAGGGCUGGAAACUCCCUUUGCAGAAUCGGAUUAAGACCAUGUUUCCUCAUGCUCAGUCACUCUUGGAUGCAGAAAUGGCGCAAGUCUUGAAAGAAAGAGCCGAGAAGGAAGGAGCACCUGGCGUCACACCAAUGAUCAACAGUGCGGACCAAAAACAAUUAGUUCGACAACGAUCUUUGAUGCAUUUGGAUGGCAAGUCAGUGGACGAUUUUCGUGAACAUCCUCCGGCUGGCGAAGCUUUUUUCGAGAGGCAUCGAUCGCUCUGGCUGUGGACCAUGUCGAACGAAAAGGUUCUUGCACAGGAAUUUGUGAACCUUGCUUCUGGGACCUAAGCCUUCUUACGUAGACUCACUCGAGCAGGAGCAGGGACGCGAACAUGCGAAGGGGUCUUCGCCGAACACCGCGGCGCCGACGCGUUCGUCGGAGCGCGGAGCUGGCUCGCUCCCGUUCAACACCGGGAGACCGCUGAAGCACGGUCUGCUGGAGUUGCCACCAUGACAAGACCAACUUGGAGCUCGUGUAAAAAGAGAGAAGGUGACCGUUCU